AUGGAGCACGGUAACGAACCCAACGCCGCGGCUAUUCACGAUGCGCGCAGACGUCGUGGCUCCGUCGGCACCACUCAGCUCUUCGAUAACAUUGUUUCUACAUCUAACUUCAACAGAGAUGAAGUGGACCGCUUGCGCAAGCGCUUCAUGAAGCUUGAUAAGGAUGCCUCCGGUACUAUUGACCGCGACGAGUUCCUCUCCUUGCCCCAAGUAUCAUCCAAUCCGCUCGCCACAAGGUCCGUUGCUCCCCCGAUCCAACGCUCUGCGCCCAUCCCCGCUCCUAUACUCAACACCAGAAGCUACUGGACCGACUCUGACCCUUCUUAUAGAAUGAUCGCGAUCUUCGAUGAAGAUGGUGGUGGUGAUGUCGAUUUCCAGGAGUUCGUGACAGGCCUGUCAGCAUUCAGUUCCAAGGGAAACAAGGAUGAAAAACUGCGCUUUGCAUUCAAGGUGUACGAUAUUGAUCGCGACGGUUAUAUCUCCAACGGUGAAUUGUUCAUCGUGUUAAAGAUGAUGGUCGGCAACAACCUCAAGGACGUACAGCUCCAACAGAUCGUCGAUAAGACGAUCAUGGAGGCUGAUAAGGAUCAGGAUGGAAAGAUCAGCUUUGAGGAGUUCAAGGACAUGGUCGAAAAUACCGACGUGAGCCUCAGUAUGACGCUGAACCAAAUAUGA